GUGACCAUAUACUUUGUACUGAUAAAUGCUAUGUUCAAAAAAUUAUGUAUCAAUUUAAAUGUAGGUAUGUAUUUGAUCGAUGUUGGGUAUAUAUCAAAAAAAUUUAUAGUAUAUAUCAAUAAGCCAUCAAGUAUGUAUUAUUUAAUCAUAUACUGUUUAUCAAUGAGCGUCAUAUUUUAGAAACUAUAUAUUGAUGUACCUAAAGAUAUAUAUUAGGGCAUUGGAUAAAUUAUUUUUCUAAGUGUAUGUCAACUGGUUAUAUACUAUAUAUUAGUGAACAUCAUGUUUAGAAAAUUAUAUAUUAAUUUAUCUAUAGGUAUAUAUUGAAUUAGUACUGGGUGUAUAUUAAAAAGCUUACAAUAUGCAUCAGUAAGCCGUCAAAUAUAUAUCAUUUAACUGUAUACUGUGUACUCGUAUGUGAUAUAUUUUGGAAACUAUAUAUCGGUUUAUCUAGAGAUAUAUAUUAGGAUAUUGGAUAAAUAUUUUGUUAUGCAUAUAUCAACUAACUAUAUACCGUGUAUUAAAGAAUAUUAUAUUCAAAAAACUAUAUAUUGAUAUGUAUUAGGUCUGAUUAUUAAAAAAGGGAUCGAUGAGCUCACGUUUAUAGGAAGAGAAAAGGACCCGAUGAUAAGAAAGAAUAUAUUCUUUCUAUAUAUUUGAUGAUAAAAAAAAAAAAUACCGGAGAUCUCACUUUCUAUAUAUUCUUUCUUGAUGCAUGAAGUAUUAUUUUUUUUUAUUUUUUUAACUAAUAACAUUGACGGACUUCAUUAAUCGGAGGACUCGUAUGCCUAACUUUUGGAUGUCCUAUAAGAAAAAGAGAAGAUAUGACAUUAAAAAAAAGCUCUGUUCGCCUGGUGGUGGAAUAAGUCCACAAUUACUCCUAUCACCGCCUAUGUCACAUAAUAACCCUCGGGCAUCUCCUGCUCCCUAAUAUUCAUCUCCAAACCAUCCCAUCCUCAAAAUUGUCACGGAAUAGAAUUGCUAUUCCAAAAAGAAUUGCCAAAGGUUUCUUCAGCUCGACCACCGUUCAAUGGCGGGGAUCAUCGUCGUGUUCGACUUCGACAGGACGAUGAUAGACUGCGACAGCGAUUCCUGGGUCGUCAACGAGCUCGGCGCCACCGAGCUCUUCCAGAGCCUCCGCCCGGCCAUGUCGUGGAAUUCUCUCAUGGAGAGGAUGAUGAGGGAGCUGCAUUCACAGGGGAAGACAAUUGAGGAGAUUGCAGACUGCCUGAAGAGGAUUCCAUUUGAUCCCCAUGUCAUCGCUGCCAUUAAAUCGGCUUAUGCUCAUGGGUGUGAGCUGAGGGUGGUGAGUGAUGCCAACCUCUUCUUCAUAGAGACAAUCCUCAAACACCAUGGGCUUCUGGAGUAUUUCUCAGAGAUUAAUACCAAUCCAAGCUAUGUGGAUGAGGAGGGGAGGCUUAGGAUCUUCCCUUACCAUGACUUCACCACCUCUCUCCAUGGCUGCAGCCUCUGUCUUCCAAACAUGUGCAAGGGUAAGAUCAUCGAACGAAUCCAAGCGCAAGCCUCUGCAGAGAGAAAGAAGCGAUUCAUCUACUUGGGUGACGGCAGAGGAGACUACUGCCCUUCUCUCAGGCUAAGUGAAGAAGACCAUGUGAUGCCAAGGAAGAAUUACCCUCUGUGGAAGCUCAUCGGCGACAACCCUCAGCAGUUCAAGGCCGAAGUUCAUGAAUGGAGCAAUGCUGAGGAGCUUCAAAGGAUCCUCUUGCAGCUCAUCGACAGGUCGAUCACCGUCGAUCGCAAAAAUGCUGCCCAGUAGAUUGCAGGUUUGAGAAAAUUCCAAUGUCACCCAAUUAAGCCCUUCCCCUGGGUCUCAGGGUUCCUCACCAACCAUCCCUCACUUGACCCUCAAAUAUUUGGCACGAGUGAUAGAUUUACUUGAAUUAUGAUAAGGACCAUUUUAGCACCAUCCAUUUUGUUUUUUGUUUUUUUUUUUGGGCCCAUCUUUCACCUUUUGUACCUGAUAUGUCUUGAAAAAUUUUCGAAAUAUUGUGGUGUAGAGAGGACUUCUUUGAUCCCA